AUGUCCGGCCGUCAAGGUGGUAAGGCCAAGCCAUUGAAGCAAAAGAAGAAGCAGCAACAAGAGUUGGAUCCUGAGGAUAUGGCCUUCAAGGAGAAACAAAAGCAAGAUGCCGCUGCCAAGAAAGCCUUCAUGGCCAACGUCAAGUCAGGCAAACCACUAAUCGGCGGUGGAAUCAAGAAAUCCGGCAAGAAAUAA